AUGAACCUAGAGAAGCAGGAACAUAUCCUACGUAACUUUGGAAAAGCUAAGAAAUAUUACUUUCAGGCAUUGGAGACCAUCCGGUUCAAAGUGAAAUGUGUAAGCAGAAACGGUUCAGUAGCCGUUGUUACAAAUAUAGCGAUCAUAUUCCAAAGUCUUGGAAUCAUACAUUGGGGUCUUGAUGACUUUGAAGAAAGUAAACGUUAUUUCGAACUGUCCAUCGAGGCAUACCUAACCGCUAAUGGACUAAACCAUCUUGGUCUUGUAGAUUCGUAUUACAACUUGGGCCUUAUUCAUUUUGAAUUAGAGGAAUUACCGAAAGCUGAGGAUAGUUUUAGACGUGCUCUUGAAAUCCACUCUAAACAGUUUGGACCAUCUCAUAAAAUGAUUGCCAUGGUUACUCGAAAACUUGCAGGUGUACUAGAAGAGGCAGGUCAGUCAAACGAAGCAGCGCAAGAAAGAGUUUGA